AGACAUGUCAAUUUACAGUGGUGCUGUUAUUCCUUGUGUUAGCUGCGUAAACUAACUUGACCGUGUGGUGCAGAUGAGUGUUGUGAUGGGAGGGAUUAAUUUGAUUUCACUGAAGUGCAACAAAUAAAGUAACCCAAGAAUGUCUAAUUUAUAACUGCUUAUCUGACUUUGAAGCAGGAACAUGAUUUGCAGCAGAUUCAAGAGGGAGCAUCAAUGAGUUUAAAUUGCAAUUCACAAUUUCAGAUGCCUUUUUGUUUUAAUCUUCAGGAAGCACAUACUUAAUUCUGUUAAAUGUGCCAACUCUAUGGACUUUUUUCAAAAGAGAUCUACAUUGAAAUAGAAUGUUAACUUACAUGAUUAAAAGCCAAAUCUCCUAAAACAUAUCCUUAGCCUAAAACAUAUCCUUUUCCCAUCAAUACUACUCUCCAUAUCCAAGCUUUCCAAUGAAAAAAAGAUGGUCAUCUGAGAGCCAGUAUGAAAUAUUGGUUGGAAUGUUGGCCUAUGGCGCUGAAGAACGUGGUUUGAAUCCAGUGUCAAUUCUUGUCAUUAUCCAACAAAAUUUAGCAAGUCUUUGUUCUUCAAGUUUGACAUUGGCAUAUGGAUCACAACGUAAUUCUUAACACCAUGUAAAUUUUGAUCUUCUGAAACAAAUUUCUUUUUUCCUUUUUAAUUGCAUACUGUUUUGAGGAAAUAUUUAUGAUUUCACUACAUAGGAAAUAUUGUAGUGAACAAAGGACAGCUGGCAGGAAUACAAAUGGUUGUAGUCUUAAGAGUGGAUGCCCUUUUCUUCUUGAGGUCAAAUGUCUGCUUCUGACUUUAUUUUCUUGAAACCUGGCACCAGACAGCUGUUCUGGGAUGGAGUCUAUCUUCUGAUCUAUUGUGAUGAAGUUGACCUUUUGGAUGCUUGCUUUUUUGUUGAACUAUAAAUCUGUAUGCUAGAAAAAACAUAUAUAAUAUAUAAUACUCAGUUUCUCUUGCCUUCCACAAGGUUGCAAUAUGCUAGUGAAAGAAUGCAUUUUAAAUUAUGUUGAAUACACUUAUUGUGUUUACUUUCUGUCAUUCAAAGCAGAACCUUGCAGAGAUUCUGUAACCAUAUAAAAAGGUUUUUUCUCUCUCAGAUAUUUCACUAUGCUGACCUCUUGAUUGAAGAUGACUUAUAAUAUGAUUUAAAGUAAGAAUUUUUAAUAAUGCAUUACUUUUACCUUAGGUGACAUAUACAUAUAUGAAAGCUACCUACCUCGGUAUGUCUAGGCCAGAGGAUUCUAAAUCCUUUGGAGAAGAUGAAGUUGCAUUAUUUAGGGCUGUGCCUGGUUUCAAACUGUAAAUAGCAGGAAAGUCCUUGCCUACAGAAAAGUUUGCAAUUUGGAAAUCCCAGUGAUACUUCACCUCAGAUCCUGUUCUACUUCCUGUGCCUGCUUUGGAAAUGAUGUAUGUCUGGAAUGGCUAUGCAAUGAUUGGAAAGUGUCCUGAUCUGACUGAAGGUAUUUUGAACACCAUAGUAGAUACAGAAGCAGCUCUGGAAAAAAGUCCAGGUAACUCAUGUCUAAUUUCAGAAGACUGUGUGAUAAGGCUGCUGAAAGGUUUAUGCCUGAAAUACCUUGGCAAGAUUUCAGAGACAGAGGACCAUUUUUCUUCUUUAACCUGCAAUGAAAAGAAAAUCAAGUAUGACCAUUAUUUAAUUCCAAAUGCCUUACUUGAGCUUGCUUUAUUAUAUCACCAAAACAAACACAAAGAAGCUGUAAAGAUCUUGGAGAAAGCGAAACAAAAUUAUAUGAAUUACUCAAUGGAAACAAGAACACAUUUCAGAAUUCAAGAUGCUGUGCACCAAGCCAGAUCUUCCCCAACAAAUUGUAUUCAUUGAGUAGAAACUGUAUUUUUGUAAAGUUGCUUUAAAAAAAGGUGAUCUUGUUUUAUAUUGAAACUUUCACAAUAGGACAUUGCUGACAAUAUAUUGAGAUGUUUUCACUCUGUUAAGUUUAACACUAAAUAUAAUUAAUGCCAUACUAUGGAGGAUUUAGUGGUAAAAAAAUACAUCUCUCCCCUACGUUAUAAUAUUUUUGUGCUCACUUUCUUUUGUAAGUUUUUGUUAAAAGUUUGUAUACCUGCUUGGGCCAGAAAUCCUCUUGACUUCCUCUACCAAUUGUGCCAACAGCUACAGCUGUUAGAAGUGGAAGCCUUCUUCAAAAGACUACAGAAAAGAAAGGAGGAAGAGUUAACUGGAAACAGGAAGAGUUGACUUCAAGCCCAUUCUUUUGGGACGAGGGACAAGGACCUCUGAGACAAGGUGCUCUUGGGAACAGUCAGGACAGUUGUGUGUCCCUUGGCACAGACAAUUGUCAAACCAACCUUCCAAGAACUUUCUGACUUCAAAGAUUUUCCCAAGGAGGUUGUACAGUGGAAGACUAGGCAACUCAGCAUUAAAAGUCUUAUUUUGUCCCUGUUGCCACCUUCUUCCAUGAUUGCGGAGAUGAUAGUCUACAUACUGUUGUUGCACUUAGCUAGGAUAGAUCUACUGAAUAAAUAGCAUUUUCCUGUGUGGUGACUCACCCUUCAAUAAUAGAUGCUAGUUAGGACGAACUACCAAUCUAUGUAGCCAUUAGUCUAGUGAACUGUUAUUCUAAUGCAGUGAUUCCCAAUCUUUUUAUGACCAGGGACCAACUUUGACCAGGCCCACUUGACCGGGGACCACUUUGAUCAGGGACCACUCUCCAAUAUUAGUACCAAAAGGACAGCUCUGCGGAAAGGAGCGGAAAUAAAAUAAAUAUAAUAUUUAUUUAUUUUAUAGGAAGGAGGUUCAUGGACCAGAUUUUUGUUUGCACGGCUCACUGAAAGAAAUAGACGUUCAUGAAGUGUGUAGUUAACAUGUUCAGGAUAGGAAUUCCUAAUCCAAAACGCUUGGGGCCAGAGUUUUAGAUUUCAGUCCAUCCGUCCCUGCCCCCCCCCUUGCACGUGAGAGGGGUGAAUGAAAAGUUUUGAGCCUACCCAUGAAGAAGCCACUGUGGGACAACCAAAAUACUUUGUGGGGAACAGCAACUCUUCAUCAUAUUUCAUGCUAAAUUUCACCUGUGUGUGAGCUGCUGCUCUCUGAUGAUGGGGGGAAAC